AUGCAUAUUAAGGAGACCAAGGCUAUUGGUGAAAGAAUGACUUGUGUGGAGUGCAAGUCUUGUGGUGGACCUCAUGUUAGUAACUUGUGUACUGUCAAUGCUGAGAGCAAUGAAGCCAAAGCUAUAGCUCAAGGAAGCAUAGUUCCAUCCUCAAAUCAUGAACCUCUUGUCCAAACACAAGUUGUUGGAAAGGUGAAUUGCAAGAGGAGUUUAGAGGAGCUAUUGGAGAGUUUCAUCAACCGCUCAAUGAACAACUUCAAGAACCAAGAGGCGGCUAUAAAGAAUUUGGAGAGUCAAUUUGGCCAGCUGGCCAAGCAAUUGGCCGAGUUACCUCAAGGUAAGUCUUUUUCCGACACUAUUGUCAAUUCUAAUCAAAAAAAUGCUUCUGUUGUUGCCACUAGAAGUGGUAGAGUGUUAAGAGAGUUAGAAAAGAAAACAGAGGGAGGAAAAAGUGAGAAGAUAGUGGAGGAGGAAGUGAGUGUUCCUAUUAAAAAUAAAGUAUUGAAUGAUCCUACUCCUGAGCUUAGCAAGAUUCCAUUUCCCAAGGCUUUGGUUAAGAAAAAUCUGGAUAAACAGUUUUCUAAGUUUGUGGAGGUUUUUAAGAAACUUCAGAUCAAUAUACCUUUUUCUGAAGCCUUGGAGAAAAUUCCAAUCUAUGCUAAGUUCAUGAGGGAUAUCCUAAGUAAAAAAAGGAAGUUGAGUGAGGUUGAUGAGACGGUCAUGUUGACCAAGGAGUGUAGUGCAAUCUUGCAAAGGAAGAUGCCUAGGAAGAGGAGAGAUCCCGGAAGCUUUACUAUUCCGGUGGAGAUUGAGGGGUUGUCGAAAGUGGAUGCAUUGUGUGACUUAGGAGCGAGCAUCAACUUGUUGCCGCUCAGCAUGUUUAGGAGGUUGAACUUAGGUGAGGUGGAUAAGUAUGUGUUCCCCGUUGAUUUUGUGGUGCUGGACAUGGAGGAAGAUGCAAAGAUUCUUCUUAUUCUAGGCCGACCCUUUUUAGCCACUGCUAGGGCUAAGAUUGAUGUUGAUAAGGGUCAGCUCAUUCUCCGAGUUGGUAAGGGCAAGGGAAUGAGAGCAUGGAUUUUGGAGUCAGAGGUGUGUCUAAGGCCUCCAUGGUAA